AUGAAAGAACAAAUGUCUAAUAAAUUAUUCAAUGCCGAUGAUGUUAUGAAUGAUGAUUUAGUGGUUAAGAGACAAGGCGGUGGAAGUAUUAUUGAUCAUCGCCCACUGUUUUCUAAUGAUGGAGAAACAUUGUAUGUAGUAUGGAAGCAAGUAAUCAGAGCAUACAGCACCCAAACAGGUGAUUUUGUCCGUGAAUUAGAACCAGCAGAUAACAAAAUUGCUGGAAUAGCUUGGUCUCCCGAUAAUCUAAACAUUAUUAUUGGUUGUACCGACAAUGGUGUCUUAAUUAAUUGGGACACUCCCGGACUGAUUACAAAAAAUUUGAAAUUGAAUACUUACGAUAAUUUAAAAAUAAGAAGUUUUCAUAUUGUUAAUAGCAUCGACAUAAGACAAAAUGACAUACAACAAGCUCUUAUUACGUAUUACAUCCAACCCAGUAAUAUUAUUCAACUAGUUCUCUUUGAUUUAGAAGAUGGAAGUAUUGUAAAAUCCCACAAUAUUCGAGCUUACUCUCCAGAUUAUUUUGUAGAUAUUAUAGGAAAUUAUGGAAACAAUUUAAUAGCAGUAGCUCACGAGCUUGAUUUACAUAUUUUACAACCGACGAAAAAUUUCACAGGAAAAAUACACAAAAUAGGUUUUGGAGGCCGUAGAUUUACUUGUGUCACCGGUCAUCCUGAAGAAGAUUGUGUUGCGACAGGUGAUUCAAGUGGAAGAGUUGCAGUAUGGAGACAUAUUCUUCAUCUAAGAGCAUCUCAUGGUUCUUAUCACUGGCAUACUUUACCAGUAACAGAAGUUGUUUUUAGUAAAUCUGGUGGUCACAUGUACAGUGGAGGAAAUGAAUCUGUUCUUGUAAAGUGGACUCUGUCAGACGCUAAUAAUAAAAGUUUUCUUCCUCGACUUCCUGCGCCAAUCAAACACCUCACGAUAGCUCCAAAUAAUUUACAUAUUGCUGUUUCCACUUUUGAUAAUGGAAUAAUUAUUGUUAAUCCUCAGAGAAAAUUAACUGCGGUAAUUCAGAACUUUACUUGGGGUGUUGGCGUACCCCAAAAAGAUCUCUUUCCAGCUGGAUUAACUCUUGACCCCAGAACAGGUAGUUUGGUGCUCAACAGCCGGACGGGACAUGUUCAAUUUUUCGACCCCAAAACAAAAAGCUUACUUUAUAAUAUCAAUAUCACUGCGCAAAAUAUACUGUCUCAAUCGCGUCAUAUCAUUAUUGUUAAUACAGAAGUUACUAAAAUAGCAUUAAAUUACAAUGGAUCGUGGAUGGCUACCGUUGAAGAACGUGAUGAUAAAAUAUCAUCUCCUGAAGUCAGAUUAAAAUUCUGGCAAUAUGAUACUGAAAAACAAGUAUUUUCAUUAAAUACUUCUAUUGAAAUACCACAUGAAUACGGUGUAAAUGCUCUUCAAUUUCAACCAAGAACAUCAUUUGACGAAGAAGACGUGUUAGCAGUUACAACUGGAGAAGACAAUAAAUUUAAAUUAUGGAAUUUAUCUCAAUCUUCGUCAAUUUACAAGAAUACAAGUCACUGGCAAUGUUAUGGAGUAGGUUUAUAUCGUGAAUUGCCUGUAUCCGAUGCCGGAUUUUCACAAGAUGGUUCACUUCUUGGUGUUGCAUUUGGUUCUAGUUUAACAAUUUGGACACCUGAAUCAAACACUUUUAAAUGUAGUUUAACAAAUAAUCGUUAUCCUCAACAAAUUAAACGUAUUGAAUUUGGAAAAUUCGAAGCCUGUCACUUAGCAAUUUCUGCCUCGUCUGAACAUAUAGCAGUUUGGAAUCUUUUAACUCUGAGUAUGACUUGGAGUGUGCCUUUAAGACUUACAACUCUCACCACGGAUUCACUGUCAGCUUUCAUGGCAGUUUUCACCGAGGAUAACACACUCUUUGUAUUCUCUCCAUUGAAUCCAACUCCCGUGUACAUAAGAAAAAAUAUUUUAGAAGAUAACAGUUCAGUGCUGGCUGCAAGUUUUGUUCCUCUUCCUUGUGAAAAGCGCGUCAUGAACCACAAAAAAUGGCAAAGAAAAUCACAAUUAUUUUUCUUAGACUCAAAUCAAGAACUCUUGACCCUUGAAACGGAGUCCGAAGCUGCUACUUCUUUAGAAAAUUUGAUAAUAGGUCAUGGCUUGCCAGUGACAGCUUUCAGUCACAUGUUGGCUGAAGAGACAGCCAGUAGUAUUGAACGCGACACAUCUUUCUUCCACGACCAAUUUAAUACUAGCAAAAAAAGUAUUGCUGAAGAGCUUCUGACGAUCCCGGCGCACACGUUACCUUCGAAAAAGAUUUUGUAUGGACCCUUUGUCUUGUCAUUCAAAGCUCAUAUCACCGAGAAAGUCAAAGUUCAAGAGGAAAAACUUUCAGGAUUGUCCGAAAAAGGAAAAGAAAACAAUUAACCAAUCUGACGUCAAAAAUAAUAUUCAUGACGAGUUUGAGACAAAUCCCAAUCUCGUUCAGGCAGAGAAUGAACAUCACGGAAUUUGCGCGAAGCGCAAAGAUGAAGAAAUAAAGCAACGUCUGCUGCAAGUGGUGAAUACCGAAGAAGUUGAAAGUCAAUUAUUCGGCAACGUGGAGCUAUUUUUACAGCAACAUCAACACCGGCACAGUACCACUGAUAUUGAAGUCCUGAAGUAA